ACUAUCUGCCUUCUCAUUUGGACUACUCAUUUGAUUGCGCGAAGUAGCGUAAUAAAUACGAAACAUAAAUACACAAUUGUCUUUUGUUUUUUUUUUUUUGUUGUGUUGGUUUAUAAAGGGUUGUUAAUACUAACUACCGUUUCGCUGGACAUUUUUUAGGAAGCAAGUGUUUUGUUUAACGGAAUGUUAGAAAGUCGUUUCGUUACCAAUAAAUUUACCUUAAAAAACUAUACCUGAAAAUAAAAUAUAAAUAUUUUAUUACUUUACAAAAAAGAGUUUUAUUCGUAGUAUUUUUUAUCAUUAAUUAACAGGUGUUCUAACAUUACGUGAAAGUCGUGAAACGCAAAUUCUGUCUACUAAAUUUUUCCUGAAAAAGAGUAGAUCCAAUAAACCCUAUAACGGAGGCAAGGAUACUAGUAGUCGGAGACGUGACGGAGACGGCACUUCAUUGAGUUUGAAAAUGUGGGCGUGUGACCCGACGUUGACGACACCGAUCCUGGAGAGCUACAGUGCAGCAGGGCCGCUAUUCGUUCAAGCUUUACAGGGGUUCUUAGCGGCUCAGUGCGCCCUGGCCGGCGAUCACUUGUGGCCCGAUGACGCUACGGAAGCUGUUAUUCAAGAUCCCAAUUAUGACUUCAUCGUGGUGGGGGCAGGGUCAGCUGGUGCCGUUUUGGCGAACCGUCUGACAGAAGUGGCAGACUGGAAAGUGCUGCUCGUAGAGGCAGGCGGAAACCCCUCCUUAGGAACUAUGGUACCACAAGUAUUUUUUAGUAACAUAGGAGGUCCAGAUGACUGGGGAUACCGGCCAGUCCCUCAAGAAGGGGCCUGUCGGUCCUACGCCACGAAGAGCUGCGCCUGGCCGCGAGGCAAGACCCUGGGUGGCUGCAGCGCCAUCAACGGCAUGUACUACGUCAGAGGCAACAAACUCGACUACGAUGAAUGGGCCGCCGCCGGCAACCACGGCUGGAGCUACGAUGAUGUCCUACCGUACUUUAAAAAAAGUGAAAACUUCACUGGAAUCUUAAACGAAGACACAAUCCCGUACCAUAGCACUGGUGGAUACCUAAGCGUAGAGGACACUAAACAUAUUCAUGACAUUGAAAAAAUAAUUAUCAAAGCUGCUACAGAAAUCGGCAUAAAUUCGCUGUACGAUAUAAAUGGCAGUAACCAAAUGGGCAUCACUAGAGCUUUCAGUACAACCAGAAAUGGAGUGAGACACAGCACAGCAUCCGCAUUUCUAAGCCCGAUAAAACAACGCAAGAAUCUACAUGUCGUCAAAAACACGAUGGCAACGAAAAUUUUGUUUAAACCGAACACCCGAGACGUGGAAAGUGUAGUUUUGAAUAAGAAUGGUAAAGAGUUUGUAGUGAAAGCGAAAAAAGAGAUAAUUAUAUCAGCUGGCGCUAUCAAUUCACCCCAGUUACUAAUGUUGUCUGGAAUAGGGCCCCGAAAACAUUUAGAUGACUUAAAUAUAGAUGUUAAAGUUGAUUUACCUGUAGGGGAAAACUUACAAGAUCACUUGUAUGUCCCUACCUACUUCACACUGCCCGGCGAUAAAGAUACGCUUGGGCUGGUUCAAAUUGCAGGAGCGUUCGCGGAAUAUAUUACGCAUAACACAGGAAUAUUCUCGGACACAAGCCCUCAUAAAGUGAUUUCUUUCUACAAUACGACGAAUCCUAAAGCGAGCAGUCCAGAUGUAGAAUUUCAUCAGUUAUUUGUUCCUCCGAACUCUUAUAAUUUUUUGGAUCUUUUUAGUGUACAUGGUAUGAAUGAAGACUUAAUAAAAAAGUUCCGCGAAAUGAAUGAGAACAAUCAUUUACUUGUAAUGGUAUUAGUUUUGCUGAGACCAAAGUCUAAAGGACGCAUUAUCCUCAAGAGCACCGAUCAUAAUGACCAUCCAUUGAUUUAUGCUAACUACUUGCAAGAGCAAGACGACGUCCUCACAGUUAUUAGGGGUUUCAAACAAUACGCCUUAAAGUUCGGAGAUACAGAUGCAUUUAAGCAGAUUGGUUUAAAACAACAAUGGUUAGAAAUUGAAGCUUGCAAAAUGUUCGAGACAAAUUCAAACGACUUUUUAGAAUGUGUUGCAAGAGAAACUACAUUUUCACUUUAUCAUCCUGUUGGAACUGUAAAAAUGGGACCAGAUGGAGAUAGCAAUGCAGUAGUCGACCCGGAGUUAAAAGUCAAAAAUGUAAAAGGUCUAAGAGUGGUGGAUGCCAGUAUCAUGCCAGAUAUCACGCGAGGAAAUACAAACGCUCCAACAAUCAUGAUUGCCGAGAAGGCAGCUGACAUGAUAAAAGCAUUCUGGUUUAAAGGGCAUACGGAACUAUAAACCAAUACGACAAAUACCUGGUGAACGGUAUGGUGAAAAAAGGUUCGUGGUAUACAUAGACAGUUAUUUAUUAUUUUUGACAUCAAGACAAAAUCGUUUAUGAUGUGACAAUUGUGACAGAGAAUCAUAGAGUAAUUAAUACACCAAAUAAAAACAAAUAUUUUAUUUACA